CCCAUCGUAUUCCCAUCCCCUGCCUUGAGGAAAAAGAAACGAAGACCCAGAAAAGAAAAAUAGCUUCAGAGCCCCCUCGCAUUGCAUCAUCAUCAACGACAAGAAGAAGCACAUCAAGAUGGCUCUGCGCCGCGACUGGGUGUACGAGAACAACGGAGGGACGUGCGUUGCGAUCGCGGGAACGGACUACUGCGUGAUCGCCGCCGACACGAGGCUUUCCGUCGGCUACAGUAUCUACACCCGCGAUUACUCCAAGAUCUGCAAACUAGCGGACAAGUGCGUGAUGGCAUCUUCGGGCUUCCAGGGUGAUCUAAAGGCUCUGCAGAAGAACUUGGCGGCGAGGCACCUGAUCUAUCAGCAUCAGCACAACAAACAAAUGAGCUGUCCUGCCAUGGCUCAGCUUCUGUCAAAUACCCUUUACUACAAGCGGUUUUUCCCCUACUAUACUUUCAACAUCCUAGGUGGACUUGACAGUGAUGGAAAGGGCUGUGUCUACACAUAUGAUGCAGUUGGAUCUUACGAGAGAGUCGGAUACAGUGCCCAAGGCACGGGCGCAGGACUCAUCAUUCCUGUUCUGGACAACCAGCUUAAGUCUCCAAGUCCUCUACUAUUACCUGCCAAGGAUGCCGUCACACCUUUGUCGGAAACAGAGGCAGUCGAUUUGGUGAAAGAUGUUUUUGCAUCAGCGACUGAGAGAGACAUAUAUACUGUAUGCUUAUCAAGUUUUUAGAGGAUUUCCCUUGCUCUCCUUGAGCAAUUACAGGUAUCCGGCAGGAGCUAAUGGAGCUGAGGAAGGACUGACCAUGCUAUCAAGGAAAGACCACCACUAUUUAGCCAUUGCAGCUACUAUUUGUUGUGGGAUUCAUAACAAAUCUGACUUUGUUUAGCAGCUUUAUUAUCCCAUUUAGAGACUCAAAAUGUGCUGGAUUUAUUUUC